AACAUUUACUAAUCUUAUUUCAUUUAGGAAAAUCUGCUACAAGAGUAGUUCGGUAUCCAAAUCUGCUCAUUCUUCAAAGUUUCAUCAAUGGUGUUCGAGUUCGAAGAAGCGACCAUUGAUGAGAUUCAGUUGGCUUUCAAACAAAAUUCCCUCACAUCGAAACAACUUGUUCAGUACUACAAAGAUGCCAUUGAAAAAUGGAACCCUAUAAUUCAUGCUGUGAUCCUGGUGAACCCUGAUGCUCUAGCCCUGAGCGAGGGAGAUCUACGCCUAAGAAGAUCACAAACCCGCUGCUUCCCAGAUUGUGAUUGUGAAGAACCCCCAGUCCCAGAUUGUGCUAAACUACGAGGGAUUCCAGUGCUGCUUAAGGACAAUAUUGCAACCAAGGAUAAACUGGAGACGACAUCCGGGUCUUUGGCACUCGUUGGUUCUGUCGUCCCUCGAGAUGCAGGGGUUGUUGACAGACUUAGGAAGGCAGGAGCUAUCAUAUUGGGCAAAGCUGGCCUUACAGAGUGGGCGAAUGGGCGGUCUACAAGUAUGCAGCCCGGUUGGAGUGCGAGAGGUGGUACAGUGCAGAACCCAUAUCAAGAAGACGCUUUCCAGGGAAGUUCGAGCACUGGAUCUGCAGUUAGUGUUGCAGCAAACUUGGUGACUGUUUCCCUGGGAACAGAAACUGAUCUCUCCAUUAUUCAACCUUGCAGUGUUAAUGGUGUUGUGGGCAUCAAGCCAACUGUUGGUCUUACUAGUAGGUCUGGGGUUAUACCAUUGACCCUUAGACAGGACACUGUUGGUCCCAUUGCAAGGACAGUGUCUGAUGCUGUGCAUGUGCUUGAUGUAAUUGUUGGUUAUGACCCGCGAGACAAGAUAACCCUUGAUGCUGCCCAAUACAUUCCAGCUGAUGGAUACAAGCAGUUCCUGACAAUUGAUGGACUCAGCGGAAAGAAAAUAGCAAACCUAUGGCACCAUUUCAAACCUAUAUAUGAUAACGAUACUGAUUCCCCAGUACCAAAUAUCUUUCAAAAUAAUCUCAAAACCUUAAGGGAGAAAGGAGCUGUUGUGUUAGAUGACCUUGUGGUACCUGACUUUGACACAAUCGUGGCACCAGAUAAAAGUGGUGAAUCGGUAGCUUUUAAGCAUGAGAUCAAGCGUGAUCUAAAUGCUUACUUCUCCAACUUGCUUGAAUCCCCGGUCAGGUCAUUAGCUGAUGUCAUUGCCUACAAUAAAGAACAUGCAACAGAGGAAAUGUUGGAGGAAUAUGGACAGGAUUUUUUUGAAGAUGCCCAAGCAACUGUCCUGCCAAGUAAUGCAUAUACAGAGGCAAUCCAGAAGUUAGAAAACUUUGUAAAGGGCUUCGAGAAGUUCAUGAAGGAUAAUGACUUGGAUGCCUUUGUGGCUCCAGAACACGCUGGAGCAACCAUUAUAGCAAUUGGAGGGCAUCCCGGCAUAACAGUACCUGCAGGUUUUGACCCUAGAGAUAUUCCUGCAGGUUCUGAUCCCAAGGGUUAUCCCAUUGGUAUCCUGUUUGGUGGACUCAAAGGAUCAGAGGGAAAACUGAUAGAGAUUGCUUAUUCAUUUGAACAAGCAACCAAAAUAAGGAAGCCCCCAAUUAUACCGUCUCAAGCUGCAUAAUUUGAAUUGCUACAGAAUUCCUGUUUGAGGUAAAAGCAGGAACUCAAGCACUCCACUGCUUGUUUCUUAGACAAUAUAGUUGAAAGCAUGAACUCUGUUCUAUCCAGGGAAAUAUCUCAGGUACCAACAUAUGAUCUUAUUGCUAGAUACCUGUAGGGGUACUCUUGUAUC